AUGGAUGUGACGGAUUAUGUUUUUUUUGGGAGUGACAAAAAUCAUUUUAUAACCGUAGACCUUCCUCACUUACUCAUGUGUCGGACAGCGCUGGCGGCGCUGAAGGGGAGUGACACACAGUAUGCUUGCUCCGAGAUGCUUCACUGGGAUGAAUACCGGGAAAUUUUUGGGGUAUAUGAGGGAACGGGUAAAAUGUUGGAUUUUUUCCUUAGAAGGACCGCUGCGCCGUUUUCAGGACAUCGGUUUAAGUUGGAGAAAGGCAAUUUCAUUGUAAAAGCGUAUUCUGUGGCUUUGGAUCCCUCUUUCAGUGGAGCCCCUGUGCAGAGCUUCUGCUCAGAAAUGGAACACUGGGAUGAAUUUCGGGAAGCAAACAACAUCCGGGACGGCGUUCAGUCUAUGAGAACGUUGUUCUAUCCUCAAGUAUUCUCUGGGUACGAUAUUUUUAUGUUGGAUAAAAAAGGGAAAUUGGUCUUCGCGAAGAUGAUGUCCAUUACGGCCUCGCGUGGGAAUUUUGGUAAAGAUACGCAGACGCUAUGCACGGAAAUGAUUCACUGGGAUGAUUUCCAAACAGCGUGCGGCAUUGUUCCAAAUCCGAGAUUGGAGACCGUUUUUAAAAAGAGUUGA